CUUAACAAAAGGACAACAAAGAUUUUGCUCCGGGUCCUCCUGUGGGGUGACUUUUCUAUAUUAUUCAAAUACGCAUAUAUUAUACAUAUAUAUGUUUUUCCUUUUUUCCCCUUUGAUUUUUUUUUUUUUCCUCCUUAACAAGAAAAUCUUCUCGGUCCCAGGCAACCGCUGCUGCCCCUUUGAUGUUUUGGUACGCCUUGCGCAUGCGCCUCACAUUAGAAUUACUGCACUGGGCAGACUAAGUUGGAUCUCCUGUCUCCAGUGAAACCCUCAAUCCCGUCCAAAACUAAAGGGAUGUGGAGAGUCCGGAAAAAGGGCUACUUUGGGAUCUGGCCGUUCCCCUUAAUAAUCGCCGCUGUCUGUGCGCAGAGUGUCAAUGACCCUAGUAAUAUGUCGCUGGUUAAAGAGACGGUGGACAGACUCCUGAAAGGCUAUGAUAUUCGGCUGAGACCAGAUUUUGGAGGUCCCCCUGUGGCUGUGGGAAUGAACAUUGACAUCGCCAGCAUCGAUAUGGUUUCUGAAGUCAAUAUGGAUUAUACCUUGACAAUGUACUUCCAGCAAGCUUGGAGAGAUAAGAGGCUGUCCUAUAAUGUAAUUCCUUUAAACUUGACUCUGGACAAUAGAGUGGCAGACCAGCUCUGGGUGCCUGAUACUUACUUCCUGAACGAUAAGAAGUCGUUUGUGCACGGAGUGACUGUCAAGAACCGCAUGAUCCGGCUGCAUCCAGACGGGACGGUCCUUUACGGCCUCAGAAUCACAACCACAGCUGCCUGCAUGAUGGACCUGAGGCGGUACCCACUGGAUGAACAAAACUGCACCUUGGAAAUUGAAAGCUGCCGCAUUUUCAGCAUCCUUCUUGAUGAUUCGGUCACCUACCCUGUUGACUGGGCUAAAGCGUUUAUUUCAUAA